AUGGUUUCAGAAUAUUUUCCAACGGUGAAAAUUAGUGCAUCAAUAAAGCAUUUAUUCUCGACAGUUUUUUUGAAAAGAAUAAUUGCUAUUUCUCGAUGUCCCAGAAGAAAUAUCAAUGCAUUAUUUUGCAGAACAGAUGUUAAAUAUCGUUCAAUUGACGGAACAUGUAAUAACAUAAAAUAUCCUUAUUAUGGCUCAUCGUCAACUGCUUUCACACGAGUUGUUCCUGCUAAAUACUAUGACCCUGAUGGUAUUAAAGAUCCACUAGGGUUACCCGGAUUGCCUUGUGCUCCUGAUGUACCUAACCCACAAAUGGUCACAAAUGAUUUUGUUGUAAAUCAAGACUAUCCAUCGAGACAUAAAACAAGCAAUCAAUCUCAUUUCACUAUGCAGUGGGGUCAAUUUAUAGAUCAUGAUUUUACUUUAGCUCCAGAGAGCGAAGAUGCAGAGAAAUGUCGUAAAAAAAGGUGUGGUGACGAAACAAAACAAUUUGAGCCACCAUGUUUUACGAUACAGUCACACAAAUCUUCGAGAUGCAUCCACUUUACAAGAAGUUCAGCUGUUUGCAAUAAAAUUAAACUUGGAACUAGGGAACAAAUGAAUGCCAACACUGCAUUUAUUGACGCUUCUCACAUUUACGGAUCAACGUCUGAGUUGGCCAAAAUCCUGAGGGAUUUUUCACCAAACAGAGGUCUGUUGAAAGUUCAAAAAUCUACUCAUGGAGACUUACUACCAGAGGAUACAUCAGAAUUAAUGUUUCCAAACCAUUUAUGUAUACAAACUGGUGGAUGUUUUUUAGCUGGGGAUGUUAGAUCUAGUGAACAAAUGGCUUUGGCAGCCAUGCAUACAUUGUUCGUGAGAGAACAUAACCGUAUAGCCAAGAAGUUACUACAAAUCAAUCCAAGAUGGAGUGGAGACACAGUCUACGAAGAAACAAGAAAAAUUGUAGGAGGGAUUAUUCAAAAGAUAACAUAUAAAGAAUAUCUUCCUCAACUCUUGGGUGUAAAUGCUUUACCAAAAUAUACCGGUUAUAAACCUUGGAUUAAUCCAGGAAUCAUUAAUUCGUUUGCUACAGCUGCUUAUAGAUUUGGUCAUAGCACUAUACGACCGUCGUUUGAUAUUAUUGAUGAGCACUUUAAAAAAGUUGGAGCCCCAAUUCCGUUGAGUCAAAUGUUUUUCAAUAAUACUUAUAUAAAACGCCAUGGAAUCGAUCAUUUGUUACUCGGUCUUUGUGCAUUUCGAUCAGAAAAUGUUGACCGUCAGUUUGCAAGAGGUGUUGUCGAUAAUUUAUUUGAACGAAAGGAAAUUCCAGGACUAAAUUUAGUAGCAUUAAACAUACAGAGAGGAAGAGAUCACGGAUUGCCAGGAUACAAUGUAUUCAGACAAUUCUGUCAGUUAAAAGAUGCUAGAACAUUUGACGACACUAGUAAUGAAAUAUCAGCAAAAAACAGAAAAAUUCUUGCAAAACUUUACAAUAACGACCCAUCAAUUACAGAUUUGUACGUCGCUGGCGUUGCAGAAACGCCGUUGGAAAAAUCACAACUUGGUCCGACAUUUUCGUGUCUUAUAAAAGAACAGUUUAUUCGUCUUCGAGAUGGGGAUAGAUUCUUCUAUUUAAAACAGGGUGUUUUUAAGCCUUCUCAGCUUCAAGAAAUAAAGAAAGCUUCUUUAAGUCGCCUAUUGUGUGACAAUUUAACAAAAGGAAAAAAACUUUCCAUUCAGAAAAACGUUUUCCGUGCUAUAAGUGAUGGUGCUCGUAGAGUGGCCUGCUCAAGUUUACCGAAAAUUAAUCUUUAUCAGUGGAAAGGUGAAUCUAUCUUUACAAAACAUAAGUAUAAUGGAAAAUGA